AUGAUGCGGUAUUUGGUCUUCUCAGCUCUCGUUGCUGUUGCUCUUGCUGGAAAGUGCGAAUCUCCAAAGCACUCUGCUUCUUUCUAUUCCACAACUGAUGGGUUCUUCCACUUCCACACCACCUUCAUUACUGAGUUCACUCUUCAAUGCAGCAAUAACGCUAAGAACCUUCCAUUCUACGCUGUUGUCAAUGAUAAAAUUUUAAAUGUAGCUGUCUCUGAGGAAACCGCCAAAUAUCAAGUCUCAUGGUCUCAAGAAAACGAGAAGUCUGGAUCUCAAACUUUCAACGUCCACAUUUAUGAUGAAGAUGGAAUUGCUGCUUACAAGAAGAACUCUGCUGUCCAACCACUCUUCACCAUCCCACUCAACCAUCCAGGACUCAACCGCAAGUCUCCAAUAUCAUCCGAGACUGUCGCUCUUCUCAUCGCUGUAGGAGCUCUCUACUACGCCAUCAAGCAAAAGUCCGAAAUCGUGCAUUAA